CGCAGCAGCAGCAGACUGCUGACAACUGUGCUGUGCUUUGAUGGAGAUCACAGAAACUGGAUGAUCGCUAUAUUUGUUCUUUUGUGAGUCGUGUGGAAAUCUAGGUCAGCGCUGCCACUAACCGGGAAAACAUGCGAUCGAGUAUUCGUUACAUUUCCAGCCGAGGAGGCUGCAGUUAGAACUGAGGCGCCAGUGUCGGUGACGCUAGCUGGGACAGAAAUAGAGCAGUAAGAGGCAUCCAGCUGUGGUUUUCGGACCUCUUUGUGUCCUGCAGCCUGUCUGGGAUGCAUCUCUCCAAGAAAUGUUCCGCCUUCAAAGUAGUGCUGAGCGCCCUGCUGAUAGUGGCGCUGCUGCAGCUCAUCUACCUGUCCUUCCUGUCCAAGUUUCACGGAAAGCAGCAGCGGUACCGAUACUCGGAGCUCUUCGGAGGCUCCGGGGCCAAGAAAAAUGCCCACCCGGAGAAAAACUCGCGGAAGGAGCGCCUGAGGUACUCACUGUCCACCGGCGGGAUCUUUGACAACAGCGGGCAGUACCGAGUGUACAAGAACUUAAUCAAAAGUGACUUCACCACGAAUGAGAAGCCGGGAUCUGACCCCAGCUCCAACAUCCUGGCUCUAGCUACACACACCACUAUCAACAACCUGCACUACCUGGAGUCCUUGCUGGAGAGGUGGCAGAACCCCAUCUCUGUGGCCAUAUUCGCUCACGGCCAAGAUGUGAAGUUUGCCACUGCUCUGGUGUACGCUCUCAGCUUCUUCUGCCCUCACAUCCAAGCCCUGGUGGACUUCCACUUGGUUUGCCUCUCUGGAGAGAUGGCCAGCUUCCCGGAGCAGGACCGUGAGCAUUUUGCAGGUCUUGAGGACUGUGCCUCAGUGUUCUCCAGACUGGAGACUCACGGGGAGAAGUACAAGAACUAUGCUAUGAGCGGAAACAUCUCCUACCCCAACAACCUUCUUCGUAACAUCGCCAGAGGGGGCACGGAGUCCUCCUACAUCUUGGUCAUUGACAUGGACAUGCUGCCAAGCGCCGACCUGCAUGAGCAGUUCAUGGCCAUGAUCAGCAAGCGUGAGCCAGCGAGUGACGAGGUCUUCGUCCUACCAGCUUUCGAGAUCCGCCACGCUAGGAAGAUGCCAGCCACAAAGGCAGAGCUGGUUCAACUCUACCAGGUCGGUGAAGUCCGGCCCUUUUAUGAAGAGCUGUGUCCUCGUUGUCAGGCCCCCACCAACUACUCACAGUGGGUAAACAGCCACGUCAGAGAGACGGGAACCCUGGAAGUUGCCUACACGCUCACCUGGGUGGACCCCUGGGAGCCCUUUUAUAUCGGGCACCGCUCUGUGCCUCUCUACGAUGAGAACUUCAAGCAGUAUGGCUUCAAUCGUAUCAGCCAGGCCUGUGAGCUCCACGUGGCCGGAUACAGGUUCUCCGUGCUGAGCACUGCCUUUGUGGUGCACCGCGGCUUCAAGAUCCAGGGGGAGUUCCACGCUAGGAAAGACGAGGAGAACAAACGCAACCGGGUUCUGUUUCGCAACUUCAAAGAGGGCCUGAAGACCAAAUAUCCGUCCUCCGCCCGGCGCUGCUGAAAAAAAGACGAGGUCAUCGGCCGCCGAUGAAGUCGCUGUCGAGCUGAAACGACGGACGCUUUCUUCUUGUAUCCAGAUUUAGCUUCCUGUAAAACCCUUUCUGCCCAACUUUCAUAGUCAGCACAUCAAUUUCCUAGUUUCUCUCUGAUUUUUCUUUUUUUUUUUGUGAUGGUGGCACAGUAGGCGUUUAUUUCAAAUUUUGUGAAAAUGAGCAUCAGGGAAAUGCUGCCUGGGGAUUUCUGAGUGUUCGCUUGGAUGGGAGAAAAAGAAAUGAUCAUUCAACAGUGAGAAACAGGGCAGAAAAUCUGGAGUUCACUGCGAUUUCACUCAAAUGCACAUCCAGAAAGCAUUUAGGGUCAUUUUAAAGCACAUAAGGAUCCAUGCAUCCUAUAUUUGGAAAUCAUUUUACACUCGUCCAGAUUGAAAAAUGGAGCAGAGUCCUAGAUUUCACUGCGAGUAACAUGAAGUUUAACCUCUUACAUUUCAGACAUUGUGUUUAAAGUUAACAUGCAUGGUGGUGUUUGACAGCAGCUGGCAGAAAAAUGAAUUCGUUGAUACAUCAGGGACCAACAGUAAGGACCUGCUGCUUAAUGUGGAGCUCCUGACCAGCUUAUUCUCCUGCAGACUGACGGAGCAGCUUCAUUUUUAGGAAGGUGGUGGAGCAUCACAAAGGUCUACUGGUCUACAAGGAGACAUCAGCAGGAAGGCAGCGGCGUUGUUUUGUAGAGCGAUGCUGAAGAUGCUUUAAUCAGGCUUUCUGUACAGAAACAAGUUCUCCAUCUACAUAUAUACAAACACUAGCAGCCCUCUGACUGGAAGAGAAGCUAAAAAUGCUACAUUUCUUCCUUUUGGGGACUUGAAGGGUCUGAUUAUUAUAUUUCCUCCAAGGGCAAAAACACUAGUUUAAAGAUAAAGCUGCUCCUUUAUUCUGACAAGGUCGUCACAGCAGAUGGAUCUGCAUCUUUUGAUUUGACACAGAUUUCUGUGGCUAAAAAAACCCUCCUCACACUAUUUAACUUCACUUGUUUGGCCUGGUUUCAGACAUUUAUGUCAGCUAUUCAAGAAAAAAAAUGAUGAAGUAGUCUGAUUGUUGCUCUGCAGACCUGCAAUCAUGGGAGUAAAGCCUGUCUUAUAGUGCGCUCUGACCACAAGGUGGCAACAGUCGCUCGAGCGUCCCGGUUGUGGUUUGUUUUCAGCCUGUGGUAAAAACAGCAGAGCGCUCGCACAUCAGCGGCGCUGUUUGGUGCUCAGGACGCGAAGCAGCUCCGCAGCACGGCCGUUAGCACAUUUGGC